UGACCAUUGUCGCUGGCGGAAAACUGACUUGGCAGCCGUUUUGAAUCGAUGAGCAGCAAGAUCCGCGUGGUUGUGCGCGUGCGGCCGCCGCUCUCGAUUGAGAAGGCGCACCAGUGCACGAGCCUCGUGUUGGACCCGCGGGCCAAGCGCGUCCGGCUCGGAAAGGACGCGGCAAAGGAUUUUCAAUUCGACCAAGUCUUUGAGCCGACGACGACCCAGAGCGAGCUGUACGAGCGCACGGGCGUCGCCAGCAUGAUCGCCAGCGUUCUAGACGGGUUUCACGCGACCAUCUUUGCCUACGGCCAGACCGGGUCGGGCAAAACCUUUAGCAUGGAAGGCUACGAGUACGAGAAAACAGCAUCCCGGCCCACUGAGCGCGUGAACGCCCGGCCCAAAGUCGACGUGUCGUCCGACCGCCUUGGCAUCGUCCCUCGUGUGAUCUUGGGCAUCUACAAUGCGGUGGCGAGCGCCGACAAGAUCCGCGAGUAUACGAUUCGAUGCUCGUUUGUUCAGAUCUACAACGAGCAGAUCCUCGACCUCUUGAACCCAAGUCUGGGGGCCGCCACAAAGUCGCUUCGACUGCGCUGGGCAGCCACCCACGAGUUUUACGUUGAGAACCUCAUCACGAUCACGUGCACGAGCGCCGACGAGAUGCUGUCGAAAUUCCAAGACGGCGUCAAGCACAAAAUCAUGGCAUCGCACAACCUCAACGCAGCGUCGUCGCGGUCCCACUGCAUCUACACCUUGUAUGUCGAGAGUGUCGAUACGACCAACCCCGAAGACGUGGUCAAGGCCAAGCUCUCGCUCGUCGACUUGGCUGGCUCGGAGCGCGUGGUCAAGACGGGCGCGACCGGGGUCACGCUGCAAGAGUCGAUCGGCAUCAACAAGUCGCUCUUCGUCUUGCGCCAAGUGAUUCAGACGCUCAGCGACGAGGCCAAAGACGGAGGCGACACCAAACACGUACCAUACCGCGACUCGAAGCUCACGGCGCUUCUCAAGCACAGCUUGGGUGGCAACAGCAUCACGCUUAUGAUCGCUUGCCUCUCGCCCAGCGACGUCUAUAUGGACGAGAACCUGAGCACGCUCGUGUAUGCGGCCCGCGCGCAGUCGAUUGCCAACAAGCCAACCAAGAACGAAGACCCCAAGACGCUCUUGAUCCAGCAGCUUCGCGACGAAGUUGCGCAGCUCAAAGCACAGCUGGCCCACGCCCACGACGUGAUUAUGCAGCUGGGGGGCAAGGACGAACGCGUGCUGGGAUCUAUGAGCAGUCAGCGCCAGAGCGACCAGGAAGGAACGGCGGCGCUGCCCACAACGACAAGGCACAAGACGAGCGACAACAACGAAUGUGAUCCGCGGCUCGAGCCUGCGGCUCCGCUUGCCAAGCCGGGCAAACUUCUGGCACAACCAAGCCGCAACAACAACCAAGAAAAGGACAGUGCGGUGACGUUGUCACCGUCCUCAACCAAAGCAAACGAGGCGCAAGCGACUGUCGAAACCACCAAGUUGCAGCUGCACGUCAUCGACAACGUGUCGCUGAUCAAAACCAUGUUUCAAAACGAGCGAACGCUGCGGCUCGCGCUGGAGAAAGCCCAAGGCGACGUCGGCGCACAGACGGCGGAAGUACGCGCGCUCAACCUCGAGAACCGCGCGCUACGGGAGCGCAUGGAGGUCCUCGAGUACUUGGCACUCGGCGCUGAUGACGGCGUGUCCUUGGCGCGGCCCUCCCAAGACCGCAUCGACAACGUGCUCACGGAGCGCGCAGCUUCUUCUACCCUACCCCCUCCGAGUCUUGCAACAACCAGCAAACCCGCUACUGUCGACGCCAAGCCAACGCACGAGACUGGCGUGCUCUCGAUCAGUGAGCUCCGCCAUCUCCUGAGUGGCAAGCCCAAAUCGAGCGAUGCGCCAGCGCAACGCAACCGGGCGACCCGGCGUGUGCAUAGCGCCGCCGACAUUCCCACCCGCCCGUCGCUGCUCGAGCAAGACCCGACAGAGACGCUAUCGGAGCUCAACCGGUUACUACGCGCCAAGGCCACCCUCAAAGCAGCUUCCAGUCGACCCACUCCGUUAUAGAAAGAGAGCUAUAGACAGUGGAAACAUGCAACAUUAUUGUCCGUCGA